UCCCCUACAGUCACAGAGAAAGUUGUAGGGAUCUAAUUCCAGUGAAGAAUACAUGUAGCAGAGUCUCGCUCUACCAUUUCCCUCCCUUCCUUUUUUGGCCCCAAAACACUCAUGACAUACCCAUUCCUUCCUCUUACAGUGGAUCAAAGAGGAUGACUGGCACAGGAAGCAGCAUUGGUGUUGACACAGCCAUCACAGCCAUUGAUCUCUGGCCAACGUAAGGCUAGCAUACACUGCCUUUGUAAUAUAUAAUUAUUUGAAUCUAUUCUGAGCUGGAUUCAUUGGUUUGCUAGCACUGCUUUGCAUCGUUGUCCAGAAUAUAUUCCAUGAAUCACUUUUCUCUGUCCUUCAGAAACAACUAAACAAAGACAUACAGCUCCCAAAGCUUUUUGCAUACUAUGGCUAAAAAAUGUAAAUAUGCAGAAGGGAGGAAAUUCAAGCUAAGGGUUUUUGCUACAACCAUAAUUCACCACCUCACUCAUAUACCUUAGAAUAAAACCUACUGAUAUACAAGGCAAUACAAACCAAUACAUAUGUGAAGGGAGGCCAAGAACCGUUGAGUAAGAAAUAUAACUUCCUAUUUGUUGGUAAAUAACACUGAGUUAAAAAAACAUUGUGUGAGGAGAAGAUUUUUGAGGGGCUGGUGUGGGUAUUUUUUUCUCCUUGGUUUGUACAUAAAAUAUUGGCAGUUUUUAGAAGAUACUAAGCCAAAUUCAUUGUAGUCAGUGGAGUUACACCAGGGAUGAAUUUGGGUCAUUGGGUUUUGGAUUUACGGAGAAAAACUGCUGAAAUCAUGAGACUGCUUGAGACAGAUCUCGUGUGAGUCACAUGAACACUGUUAAUACAGACCUCUGGUGAAAAAGCAGCGGAGGCAAGAGAGACAUACAAUCUACUAUUUUUUCAGCUGAACUUAGGAGAACAUGGGGGAAAUCCUGUGUAUAAAAGCUCGGAAACCAGGAUGCUGCGGUUGCUGCUCAGAGAGAGAGGGCCGUCAACACCACCAGAAGUCCCAGCAUGUGGAAGUGGAGUCUACAUUGGAGCCAACAGGUCUAAACAAAGUGCCACAUUCUGUGACUACAUUCCCAUCACCAUGGUUCCACACACUCCAGGUACAGAAGUCUCAGAAAAAGAGUCGGCGAAGUAACAGUGAUCCUUUCCAGGAGAGAAAGUUCAUGGAGAGACACCAAUGGCAGAGACGAGGCCUCCCAUUUGGAACUGCCACAUCCUAUCUACAUCUUGAGCAGCUCUGCAACGGUUCUUAUUCUACAGUUUACAAGGGGAUCAGCAGAAUCAAUGGCCAAUUGGUGGCUCUGAAAGUUAUCAGUCUGGAAACAGAGGAGGGAGUGCCUGUUACAGCCAUUCGGGAAGCUUCCCUUCUCAAGCAUUUGAAACAUGCCAACAUUGUGGUCCUGCAUGACAUUUUCCAGACAACAGAGACUCUGACAUUUGUCUUUGAAUAUAUGCACACAGACCUGGCACAAUAUAUGGCCCAACAUCCAGGAGGACUUCAUCCUCACAAUGUUAUGAUUUUUAUGUUCCAGCUUUUACGAGGCCUGGCUUACAUCCACAACCAACUCAUUCUUCACCGUGAUCUGAAACCUCCAAACUUGCUCAUCAGUUGCCUUGGUGAGCUCAAAUUAGCUGACUUUGGUCUGGCCCGUGCCAAAUCUAUCCCUAGUCACACAUAUUCUUGUGAGGUGGUGACGCUCUGGUAUCGUCCUCCUGAUGUGCUACUUGGAGCCACUGAUUAUUCCUCUGAGUUGGAUAUCUGGAGUGCUGGCUGUAUAUUUGUGGAAAUGUUGCAAGGUCAGCCCUUGUUUCCAGGAGUUUCUGGUGCUCUUGAACAACUGCAGAAGAUCUGGACAGUAUUGGGGGUCCCAAGUGAGGGCACAUGGCCAGGACUUUCCAAGCUUCCCAACUAUAAGCCAGAGAGGGUUGUCUCCAGCAGACCUCAGAGGCUCCGAAUGAUCUGUGACAGACUGGACAGGGUGCCAGGAGCUGAAGACCUGGCAUCAAGAAUGCUGAAAACAUUUCCUAGAGAGCGGGUCUCUGCACAAGAUGCGCUUGUCCAUAACUUUUUCAGCCCUCUGCCUGCUCAGCUGCAUCAGCUUCCAGAUGCACAAUCACUGUUUACAGUCCCAGGAGUGAGGCUGCAACCAGAAAUCUGUGACCUAUUUGAUCCUCACCAGAAGCAUCAUCCCCAAGCCAGUUCCAGCAAGUUCUGGUGAAAUAUCAGAAUGAUCAACUUCCUUUUGGGGUUACAAGUAACACCUGUUGCUGAAAGAUCAUGGGGCUUCCCAGAAAUAAUUACAGAAACAUCCAUUUUAUCCAGUUUGCUUACAUUUAGCAUUUGAGAGCAGUUUGUGCCUAGUCCAGGAAUGCUCACCCUGCAGCCCACAGAGCCAUGACAUCAGGCCUGCAAGGACUCCCCACAGGUUAUAAAAUUUGGUGGUAGAGGAGCAGUGGAAGUACUGUUUCCAAAUUCGCACGCCCCACAUGGGAGGUCAGAGGUGGGCCAUGCCCCCUCCCCCCUGCAUGGCCAGAUUGGGGUUGGGCCACACCACCUUCCCCCCAUGCAUCCAGGUCACACCCUGUUGUCCCCCACCAAUAGGGCCACGCUCCCUCCCCCGCAUGGGACCCAGCCAGGCCCCUUCCCUCCCCUGCAGGGCUGGUCAGGACUGGGACACGUCCUCUUCCCCCACAUGGCCAAAUAGGGACCAGGCUGUACCCUGUACUUCUGCAUGGCCAGAUGGGGCCUCAACAUGCCCACCUGGGUACUAAACUGAGACCACCAGCUGGAUUUGGCCCAUAGGUAGACCAGGCACUGCCCAUCCAGCCUGCUGGGGGAGAAGGUUGGGCACCACUGGUCUGGCCAGUUUCACAGGUUUCUUUGCAUAGUCAGAGGGGUCCUGGAUCCAUAAAUACAUGUAACAUUCAAUUCCACUGAAGUCUGUAGGCAUAGUCAGUUGAGUAAAAUUAUGCUCAUGCUUUAGUGUUGGCAGAAUCAGUGCAAUGCAUUUUGCUGCUAAAGCUUCUGUCUAAUGCAUUUGAAAGCUUGUCUAACUUCAUCCCAACUAUGCGGUUGGUCCAAUAAAAGAUAUCACACCAGAACAAUCCUAGCCUCUUGCAUGAUUCCUGG